CUCAUCCAUCUCGACAAGCUCAUCCAUCUCGACAAGCUCAUCCAUCUCGACAAGCUCAUCCAUCUCGACAAGCUCAUUCAAUCCGACAAGCAGUCUGACAAGCUCGUCUACUUCGUCAUCUGUGGCAAGCUCGUCCCUGUCGACUCUCACGACGAGUUCGUCGACAGAUUCUUCAUCCUCGUCUUUUGUGACAACACCUCUUCGACAUCGAGUAGUACAGAAGUUAUCACCAGCACCGAAUCAAUCACCAGUACUUCUACGACUAGUAGCACAGAGUCCGUGAGCAGCACCACUUCAUCGACCCCAGUCGAGCCACCUGCUCCAACUAUCACUACUGUCGACUUCAUCGACUAUAGACUCGAGUACAAUACCUUCUACGAGGGGGACGGCUUGCUGGUGAUGCCAUCUGUGCUGGAGAGGGACGAAACAACUAUCCACAGCUGUCUCGAGGUAUGCAGCGCUCAUCAAGAUUGCGUUGCCGCGAGACACGACUCGAACCAGAAUAGCUGUCUGAUGUUCAGCUCUGUAAAUGUUGGCUCGAGGGAUACUGCUCCUGGAUUCAUGUUUGCCACAGUUCUCACAGCCAGGCCAGUUGAAGCAUACGAUGUCAUCACGUCAGAAGGACUCCAAAUUUUCUGUACAGCGCUUCUUGCGUCUAUCUCUACUAUCUCCACCCCAACUGCUUUGGCCUCCUACGAUGCCAGCCUGGUUACCUCAGCCUGUGGCAAAGCAACCUCUAUGCCUGCUACGACCACUACGUCUUCCAUCAAUAGCUCUACGUCAAGCGCUACAUCGACUGUUUCCACUUGCAUAUCCAAACCGAUUGUCGAUGCACAGCAGCAGCAGGAAGACUCAGACGCACUUGAUUUCCUGUUCUCUCACAACAACUUGACCCUGAUGCUAUCGAGUCUGCCAUACUCCGCGCUGGUUGGUACCACACUUACGCUUACGGGGGACAUUCUUCCGUCCAUUCAAUCCGCUUUACAAAAUUGGGUCCCUUGCACCUCGCACAAUGUUACCACACAGCUUCUCGCGUGUAAAGAUCUGACGAAUCCCCAGGCCUUCACAAGCUGUAUCAUAGCCCGAACAGAUCCUGCAUUCUCGAUCAGAUGGGGGCCAAACGGUUAUUUGCCGACAGCCGCACUUACCAGAUUCAUAGCCACGUGCAAAGAUGCAUUUACGACUGUCAAUGGUGCAAAAAUCACGCCGGAUAUGAGUCCGAUCUCAAUCCUCGACCAUGUGGCGGCAAAUGGCUAUACCAAGAGCCCGGCCUUUUUGAACUUGCAGUAUUACUUUGGAGAAUACAACAAGCUUUCCAUCGUCUUCGGAAUUUAA